AAUUGUAUAAAGCUGUUCACCUUUUUUAAAAUUCUUAACAUUUUUAAUGUUAUUAUAAAAUACAGAAAUGUUUAUUGUUGUUAAAAUCGAUAUGUCUACUUUGCGACAAAAAUCAAGCUUGGCAACCAUGAUUACUCAGUACAUAAACAAUAUGGCCGCGAAGAAGGAUGCAACAAGUAUUAACCAUGUGCAUCAAACAGCUAUAUUAUGUGAAACGAUAAAGAAAGAGCAAAAAAAACAAAAGCUUUAUACAAACUACAGUAUUAACCCCUUUAAGAAAAUGUAUACACUGUCAGGGAAACCAAACUCGACACAUGACUCAGCAGAUGGAGAGGAAGAUGAUGAUUUCCUGCAAGUUAUAAAACGUGCACACCAAACUCCAGUCGAGAAAUUUGAAUAUCCGCAAACAGAAGCCCAAGAGAUUGGAUGGUGCACCAAGCCUCUAAUCGAACACCAGCGAGACGACAUGCGAUUACACCAUCCGAGGAAACAUUCAGAAAUCACCAAAUUCAUGGAUGCGUAUUGGAGACAAAGAGAACAAUCGGAAAAUUUGAAUUAGCUAUAUUUAUUUUUCAUUCCUUAUCUUUAUGUUUAUUUUUAUUAUCUCUAUUUUCUUAAUAAUUCAUAAUUUGUCCGUCUGUGCUCGUGUGAUAAUUUGCAUCCAUAAGGACUAACUUCUUUCUGAAGAGGGAAAUGAAAUACCCCGUCAUAUAAGUUUGCAUGUAAACUACUACUACUACACUGUCUGAUGUCAUGUAUGUAAUUUAAUCGUGAAAUUUUAUAUUGUAUAUAGUGAACAUAGAAAGAAUAUGUUUUAAAACAAGACAACCACAAA